AUAUUCACUUUGGUGGUGCUGAAUAAAAAUGUGUUCCAGAAUUCUCGUCGGCCUACUGGCACUCGCUGUGCUGGCGGCUCAAGCUCCUUCAACAUAUGGCGCCAGAAUACUUGCAGUCUAUGCAGCUGCAGCCGUAAGUCACUUCCAGAUGCAUCGAGCUAUGAUUAGCGAGUUAGUGAAACAUGGCCAUGAGGUCACCAUGAUAACCGCAAUUACGCUGGAGCCACUCAAAUUGGGCAGCAACUACAGUGAAAUACUCAUUGAACCAGAGUUUGAUGGCUGGGAGAUCGUUAAGGAAAUGACCGGAAAAAAUACUAGCUUAGAAAUAAAAAAUAGUUUAUCAACUUAUUUUGAAAUCGUAAAGUAUGUAACUGUGCUAAAUGUCGAACACGUUUUAAAGCAACCAAAAGUGCUGGAAAUUAUUAAUGCCAAACAAACUGAAGGCGUUUACGAUCUGCUACUGGUAGAGCAAUUGCAUCAAGAAGCCUUUCUCGCCUUGGCCCACGUCUAUAAAAUACCCGUUGUCAGUUCAGCCACAUUUGCGCAACAAAACUAUAUGAGCCAAAUGUUCGGCCAUGUGACACCUUGGUCGUAUGUGCCUAUGGAAUUUCUGCCACUAACAGAUCGCAUGAGCUUUUGGGAACGCGCCCUUAAUAGCUUUUGCUCACUUCGCCUUGAUUUAUUCCGUGAAUUUGAGUAUUUUCCGAAAAUGGACGCGCUUGUGCAGAAAUACUUUGGACAUUUGCCAAUUGAAUUCCCCAGUAUUUCGGCGAUGGAGAAGAAUCACUCUGCUAUAUUAAUCAAUAACUACACACCAUUAGCGUUCGCUGAACCUAAAAUGGACAACAUGAUUUUUGUCGGCGGUUUGCACAUCAAUCCACCAAAGCCACUACCCACCGAUUUGCAGAAAUUCUUAGAUGACGCAGAACAUGGUGCUAUUUACUUCAGCUUUGGUACCGUAGUCAAAGCCAAGGGCAUGCCAAUAGAAAAGCUAAAUUUAUUCCUCGAUGCUUUUCGUCAGCUAAAACAACGCGUUCUAUGGAAAUUCGAAAACGAAAGCAUACCAAAUUUACCAUCCAAUGUUUUGAUUAAAAAGUGGCUGCCACAAAACGACAUCUUAGCGCACCCUAACGCUCGCGCUUUUAUAUCUCACGGAGGGCUGUUUGGUUUACAAGAAACCGUGUAUCAUGGUGUCCCGGUGGUAGGCAUGCCCUUCUUCUUCGAUCAGCAUAUAAAUAUGAAGAAAGCUGAGGCUGCUGGAUUUGCCGUUACUUUGGAUUACCAUACGCUCACACAUGAUGAUUUCAGAAGCGGUCUGAAUGAGGUGCUCUUCAAUCCCAAAUACCGGGAUACUGCUAAACGGUUCUCGCGCAUUUUCCGCGACCGUCCCAUGGGUCCGCGCGAGACUUUAAUCUAUUGGAUCGACUAUGUGAUACGCCACAAUGGAGCGCGUCAUUUGCGCGCAGCUGGUAUGGAUUUGAAGUGGUACCAAUUCUAUUUACUGGAUGUUGCUGCUGUAGUUCUGGUCGCGGUUUUGGUAACAUUCGCAGUUUCUGUUUUUACAAUGCGCUGGAUCUUGCGAAAGAUAAGAGGUGGCAAGGGUAAACAAAAAGUGCAGUAAACAUAAAAAUAACAAUGCAAGAACAAAAAACACGCAACAAAGAAGGCUUGCGAAAGUCUUUCGAUAAGUUAUGAUUUACAUCUAUUUCUUAAUAAGAUAGCUACUUAUAUUCAAAUACAUAUUUUGUAAGAAGAAAAC